UCUUCAAGUAUCUUUGGGUCUUUCCAUGAGGCACUGCGAGGGGUCUGGGACGAGAAACAGGUUAAAGCUCUAGAGGAAGGGUUACUGCCUAUCAGAGAUGGACAAUCUAGUAUCUUACAAGACGUACAACGCCUAAAGAACCAGAAUCGACAAAUAGAGAUGAGUCAAACGAGAUGGCUUGCGGAUAUCUUAGAAACCCUCCGUGACGUACAGCAUCAAGCGGCUGAGGAGUACAUAGGAGAUGUGCUACCUGGCGUGACGAACCCCUUCAAUCCAAACCAGCUCAGUUCCAUGGCCUGUAGAAUGGCACAUGUUGUGCAAAAAGCAUCAAAAGUCGCCUUUGUACAGAGAUUCCUCAGGACACUCCACUUUCGAUCAAUCAGGGACCACCAUGCGGGAAUCGCGAGAGCCCAUGAGAAGAGCUUUAUGUGGGUCUUUCCAAGAAAUAUAGACGUGGAAACCGAUCAUUUCCCUAAACCAACAACCCUUCCAUGGCUACAGGGAGAAAAUGGCAGCAUAUAUUGGGUCUCUGGGAAGCCAGCGUCAGGAAAGUCAACUUUUAUGAAAUAUCUACUCGCUCACCCCCAGACCCUGGAAAGCCUCAGAUCAUGGGCUGGAAGUGAGAAGCUGGUUAUUGCCAGCCAUUUCUUCUGGAGUGCAGGAAACAGCAUGCAGAAAUCUAAAAUUGGCUUGCUCCAGUCUCUCCUCUACGGUAUAUUCACCCACAGUCCGGACCUGAUUCCUAUCGUAUGUCCGCGAAGGUGGGAAGCGACCAUGUCGGGCGAACACGGCGACAGCCCGUGGUGUAUGGAGGAACUAUUAGAGACCUUCAAAUCUUUAUGUAGUCAAAACGCUAUCCCAACCAAAUUUUGUUUUUUCAUCGACGGUCUGGACGAAUGCACAGGAGAGCAUUCCGAGUUGAUCGAACUUUUGAACUCUCUCGUUCACUCGAACAUCAAAAUGUGUCUCUCCAGCCGGCAAUGGAAGAUAUUUGAAGACGCAUAUGGAGCAUCGGCCGACCAGAAGUUGUACUUGGAAUGGCACAACCGCGACGAUAUCCACGAUUACGUUCAGAGUGAACUCGAACAACAUCCGGCCUGGGGACUACUUCUUGAACUCAAUCCGCAGACCCAUGAAAUUGUGGGUGAAAUUGCCGAUCGGGCUCAGGGUGUAUUUCUCUGGGCGGUUCUGGUCGUGCGCUCCUUCGACGAAUGGUUGACUACUGGGGAUACCCUUUUCUUCUUGCAGAAGAAGCUUAGGAUGAUCCCUGUCGACCUUGAACUGCUGUUCAAAUCCAUGCUUGAAUCAGUCGAUCCGAUAUAUACUUCUUAUGUUUCGCAUAUAUUCAACGUUGCAUCGAGUGCCCCUGAGCCUUUACCUGUGUUGCUCUAUGUGUCCCUGGAAAGAGAAAUCCAAGACGAAAAUAUGGUACCUCCACAGAGGAAUGAACCUCCCACUUACAGAAGCCUCUUACUGCAAGUUGAGCAACUCCGAAGACAACUGAAGAGCAUGUGCAAAGGACUACUGGAGGUGCAUUGUCGACGUAACGAGGAGGGCUUGCUGCGCUACCGGGUGGACUUCUUGCACCGAACCGCUCGAGAGUUUUUCAGAGGAAAUGAAAUAGUGCAGGCUAUGCAUGUCACUGGUCGGGGCUAA